UUCUGCAUCCAGAAGGAAGGCGGUUGAAGCUGUUGAAGGAAGGGGCAACACCGGGAAAGGGCCGAGGCAGGGAAGAGAGAAUCUGACUGUGGCGUCCCCAUGGGAUUCAAACAGGGAAUCAAGCCGAUGGAGACAAUCGUUAGAAUGAGGAGAUAAAAUGAAGAAGGACCCAGAGAAAGGCCAUCCUGCCCCAGAAGGGAAAGAGGAGGGAAAGGCAGAGAAACACAAGGAAGACAAAGGCGAGGAAAAAGAAGAAGAAAAGAUCGUUGAGGAUGAAGCUGCAGAAACAGUGCCUGAAAAGGAUUAUUCUCCAAAGUGUGCAAUAAAAGUGACAGUCCUGAGUCUCGUCAUGCUUUUGAUCUCAGGUGGAUUGUUCGCCAAAUAUUAUUUACAUGUAAAAAACUUUGGUGACAAUGUCAUGGCUGUAAGGAAGAUUCGGGAAUUUAUGGUCAGUCGUAACAAGUCCCUGGAAGGAUUCAAUGAUUCAGCACUUCUCUUUGAAACGGAGAUGUUAGUAGAAAAAGUGGCAGCCAGCAAUGAGAAAGCUUUUCAGUUGAAGACCACAGUCGAUGACAUACUUCAGAAAGUUGGGCAAGGGUGGGAAUACUACGAAGGACGUCUCUAUUAUUUCGGCCCUAUAGCAAAGAAUUUUUACGAAUCCCAGAAAGAAUGUGAAGAAGAAAAUGCUGAUUUGGUUUCUGUUUUAAGCUCUGAAGCAGAGAAGUAUCUGGAGGAUAAAUCUAAGAUGACCUCAGUAAGUCUAUGGAUUGGACUCUGGAAGGUCAAUGGCACCUGGAAAUGGAUUGAUGGUACAGACUACAGUGUGAGUUUUUGGAGGCCAGGCCAGCCAGACGACCCGGGCACCACACCCAAAGACUGUGCUGAGAUUCAAGCGAGUUGUCCCCACAAAGAUUCUGGGAAAUGCUGGAACGGCGUUAGCUGCGAUAAGGAGAACAUGCUUGUUUGUACGAUAGAUAUGGCAUCAUUCGUGGUAUACUAAGAUCUGGACACCCUGCUCUCCGUGCAAAAGGAAAAAGACACGGAGCUGGCCAUCCCAGGGGAACAGGGCAUAGAAGAGUUCAGUGUUUUGAUGUCCACAACGCCUUGUUAGCCCUAAUUCCACGUGACUGCUAGAGGAAAACUAUUUUGAAUCCCACACAGAUGCAUCUAGACAUGAAGAAUAAAAGUAUGAAAGGCUU